AUGGGUCUUGAGGAAAGUAAACUUGGUCAAACAAACAAAGCUAAUUGUAAUAGACCCAAUUUGUGUUUCUUUGCGCCUGUUUCACCGGGGAGAAUAAUUCAUCAAUGCACUAUGGAGUUAUGGAAAAAAUCUCAUCGGGAGCUUUUCAACUUUUCAGACAAGGUGAUGGUGUGUACCUAUCAAUUGCCUCAUGACUGUACGUCGGCAUUUUGUCUCACUAGGCAAAAUAUUGUGAACUUCCGAAAAUCUUGUUCUGUUUUCUCACUGAGAAAGCGGAGAGAAUAUACGAAAAUGGCUGAGCAUUUUGAGUAUAAUCAUAUACCUGCUCAUUUAUCUUCCAUACAGAACUUACACUUCAAAUCGGUGUUAGACAUUCACAGUGGACUGGCAGUUGUUCAUUUGGCACGGGAUAUGAUAACUCAGUUUGCAUUAGUUGACUUGCGAAUUAAUAAGUUCCUUGGUUCUUUUGGUCGGCAAACGGUUCUCUUUAGUCCUGAAUCAACUAUAGGAAAAAUAUCACCCGAUGGAACUUACUGUUUAAUCAGACUCCCUUGGUCGAGAAAUAGGAGAGUUUAUAUACUCAAGCUGUACAACUUACGAAAUAGUGAACUUAUUUCUGAACUUCCAUUAGCUAAUUCUUCGAAUUACGAUGAAUUGCCGAUAAACAGUUCCCGUGUCCCAUUAGGCCUAUAUCAGGAACAUAAUAGAGAGUCAAGUAUUCGACCGUCGUACGAUAUUUUAUCAACAUCCAACUCAGUAACUGCAAACCUUAGAGGGAAUGUACAAAAUGAGAAUCAACUUCAACUAGGUCCAGCUCGUUCUUCUCAGGUGUUGUUUGCUUUUGAUCCACGAUUUGUAAAUUCACGCAUAGCAAUAACUAACGUGGACUUUCCACACGGACCAAACUCCCGCAAAUUGUCUUCCAACUGGGUCCCAGGAAUACAGGCCACUAUAAGUUUGGUAAAACUUCCAACAUGGGAGUGUUUAACAUCAACUAACAAACUUUGUUCUUGGUCUCCUUCAAAUCGCCACGGUUCACCUCUUAUAAACAAUACUACUUGUAGAGAACCAUCAAGACGAAGACGAUCAUCAGAUGCUAACCAUGUAGGCGGCUUACCCAGUCCGAACUCAUUCAAUCAUGUUUUUCCACAUAUUAUGAACAUAUUUUAUUCAAGAGAUGGUUAUUUCUUAUUUACAAUCAGCACAGAGUCUCGUACCUGUCGAUGUUCUUCAAUCGGUAACAUUAAUCAUUCUGUGAAUUCUUCAUUAUCAGAUGUAUCAGGUUACUCAGAUGAUAUUUACAAUCCCUUAAGUUCAGGUCGAUCAACAAACAACGGAGCUGAAAUCGGUCGAACCCAGCAGAAGAUCUUGGUUUCAACACACUGUGCUGAACCAAAUGCACGUUACAAUUCAAAAACUAAUAGUACAUCCCCAAUGUUGGCUCCCACAUUGCCUGGUUGCACCACUUUAUGGCUUACUAUUUUCAAUUCUGAUACAUUAGAAAGGUUAAGAAUUUUGAGAUUUGAUCGAUCAAUAUGCCCAAUUCACACAUGUCCUACCAAUUACUUACCAGUAAUGAGCCGUUGUGGAUCAAGGAUAGCUUUAAUUACACGACAAGCAGUGGGAUAUUAUAAUAGUACUAGUAAUCAGAACGCCAGUAAUAAUUCACGUGAAUACUUGUUUUCUAGCUGUAAGACGCUUCCUGUAUCUUUAAGGCACUCCGUCCCAUCUGUAAGUGUAGAAAGCUGUUCUAAUACACAGUGGGUGAAUAACAAAGGUGCUAGUCAAGAAAACAGCAAAGAAAUUUCAACAAAAAGAACUGAAUCCAAGAUGCAACAACCGUUUAUAUCUCCAAACUGUUUGCUUAUUCAACCACGAAAUCUUAAUUUGAGUCAUCACCUAUCUACUUCAUUACCAUCUCCGUUGUCAAAAGUUCACUUGUCUUCCGGAAGUUCACCAUUUCGACAAAUGACUGGUUGUUCAAGUUUAGAGUUAAGUGUUUCUUCCUAUCGUCCAAUGGCUGUUUCCUUUGAAUCUUCUUUUAUUGGAACUCAGCGUAAUUCCUCAGGUAGUUGUACUGCCGCAGUAUCCACAUGUACCAGUAAUAGUAGUGGUGGUGUUACCACCUCUGCCGGUACUUCAGUGAUAAAUUCAACGGUACAAAUUGAUGUGCUUCUGGUUUAUCAACUACCUCCACCACCAAAACUACAAGCAUUAGUGAGACAACGAAUUCGUCAACUCUGCAAAGAUGAAUACCUUGAACAAUUAGAUCUUCCACGUAGAAUUAUUAGUUAUUUACAAUUCGAACCAUCGUACAAUUGUGCUGGAUCAUGUAUUUCUCGAUCGAAUAGUUCUACGAGAACAGUACGAAGUGAUAGUUUUGAUCUGUGA